AUGGAUGUUUUUACUUCAAACUGUAAAGAAAACUUAACUGUUGGGCAAGAUAAUCACAUAAAACGCAAUGCCUUGCAAACUACUGCUAUAGGAUCAGUCUUCUGUGGAAGACUUGAAAGGAAAGAACAAUACCUCUAUGAAGGCUCUAUUAGCGUAGGAAGAGUCAAACUUCUGAAAGACUUCUAUGAAAAAAGCGUCUUUCUUAGUAAAAACAUAAAAAUAAGAAAGACAUUCUAUGACUUAAAUCCGAGUGUCAAGGAAAGGGUAAAAAUGCUUGAAAAUAUGAUAGUUAAACAGAGAAUUUAA